GCCGAGUCGUAAGAACUUUUCUCACGCCCCCAAUGCAGCCCGUACCACGCUGUAUGUGUAUGGCGAUGUCUCCAAGCGGUGCUCCAAUGUUGUCGAUCAGACUCUGUUGUGGAAUUGAUCCACAAUCCGUGCCUCCUUAUAACCUCGACCAACAUGAUGUGAUGUUGGUACAUGAUAUAGGCGGAGCUGGUGGUUCUCAGUUGUCCCAAAUGCUUUCGGUGACUUAUUGCUCAUUGACUUUUCACUUCUAAUUUCACCAACGCUGGCGUGUCACAUUAGAGACGAUGUCUUACUUUGAGCAGCAAGAUGUGGCAAUACAAGAUACACAUGUGGAUGUCGAGCGUGCAUUUCCCAAGCCCAGCGUCCAUGACAGUGAGAAGACCGAGUCGACGACGGACAUCACAAAGGCGUCCAUUCAAGAUGCUGCUCUCGAGUUCGAUGCAUCCCUCCCAAUGAAUUGGCCUUUGCUCAAGAAGAUCUUCAACAUCGCGGUCCCGUCUUUACUCUGCUUUGUGGUUGCUUUUGGUAGUUCUAUCUAUGCUCCUGCCGUUCCAGACGUUAUGAGAUCGUUCAACGUCUCCGAGACCACCGCAAUUCUUCCUCUCACAACCUACGUGCUAGGACUAGCUUUUGGUCCUAUGCUUUCAGCUCCAAUCUCUGAGACUUUGGGGAGACUGGGCACGUAUCGCUUCACAGUACCAAUCAGUGCAAUUUUUACACUGGGUGCAGGAUUUGCUCCUAACAUCCACGCUCUCUGCGCGUUGAGAUUCUUCGCGGGAUUCUUUGGCGGAGCCCCUCUACCUGUUGCUUCUGGCAGCGCCGCAGAUUUGUUUCGGCCAAAGGACUUUGCCAUCGCUGGAGCAUUCAUCCUCUACUUUCCUUUCCUUGGUCCUGCGUUUGGACCAGUUGUGGGGGGUUUUGCUACGCAGGACAAUGGCUGGAAGUGGUCGCAAUAUGUUCUUGCAAUUACCAUGGUCGUUCUGUGGAUUCCUGUUUGGUUCCUGGAGGAAACCUAUCUGAAAAUCAUCCUCGCACGGAGGAAACAAAAGCUCGAAGCUGUUGAGCAGCAGUCCAAACCGCCAGCGUCGAAGUUACUCUUUGGAAUCCUUUUCAUCACACUUCUCAGGCCGGCUAAGAUGCUAGUCACGGAGCCAAUCGUCACCUUCCUCAGUUUAUAUGUCGCAUUCGGAUUUGCAGUCGUCUUCACGUUCUUCUCGAGCGUGCCGUAUGUUUUUGGAUUGGUAUAUGAUUUUGAUCGUGGGAACAGUGGACUUGUAUUCUUGUCCAUUGCUUUAGGCUGUACAAUUGCUGUACCUACUGUCAUCAUUCUGGAUAGAAUGACUUACCAGAAAGUAAUGCGCUUGACUCCUGAAAAGGUUGCUCCAGAAUUGAGAUUGUGGCCUGCAAUGUAUGGCGCCAUCGGGUUGCCUGUAUCGCUGUUCUGGUUCGCAUGGAGUGCGAAGAAAGACGUUCAUUGGAUUGUGCCCAUCAUUGCAAUGGUACCAUUCGCUUGGGGAAAUCUCUGCAUCUAUGUGAGCACAUCAAUGUACCUGAUUGAUACCUAUGCAGCUCUCACGGCAGCAUCGGCGAUUGCUGCGAAUGGAUUAUUGAGAUACAUUCUGGGUGGAACUUUCCCAUUGUUCACCAUUCAAAUGUACGAAAAGCUUGGAAUUGGCUGGGCCACGAGCCUGUUGGGAUUCUUUUCGUUGGCUAUGCUACCAAUACCUUGGGUAUUGUACAUUCUAGGCCCUAGGAUUCGUGGGGCAAGCCACUUCGAGACGAAGAAUUCUAGUUGAGAUGGAACGCCCUUCAUACUACAGCUAUACAGCUACAGGGAAUCUUGAGGAUCGAAGAUAAUAAUGUUCCACGACUGCCAGCUCUUGUCUUUGUUGGAAGCCCAACUCCACGGCAGAAAUUAGGCGUCACGUGGGCAUGCAUGUCGGAUCAACGGAAUCGUUCUUCUUUCCCGCUCUCCAGUUCAGUCAGUCUCACCCAAACCAAAUAAAAGCCGAUUCGUUAUAAGGAAUGUCAUGAAGCUUCCUUUUGUCUGUACUAUUUAUUUGAAGGGAAACAACAAUGACUAAUGG